AUGUCGGCCGACGACCCUUUUGCCUUUAUUGACCAUAAUGAAACCGAGCGGAAGCCGCCGAAGAAAUCCCAUUGGAAGGAGAAGUUAUUCUCGAAGGACAGACGCAACAAAGGCCCGGAUAAUCAGCAGAUCGAAGCGUUCCUAGCCCCUGCCCGCUCCAAGUCCGUAUCGUACGGAGCGCCGUCCGCCGCUGCAGCCUCGAGAGGGCUGCCGACGCCCCGUCUAGAUGUGUCCCAACGCUUCCCGUCGUCCCAGGAGCUCUCGAAUACCUCCCCCACCGCGCACCCCGCCUCCGCGACCGAACUUUACUCUUCUGUAAAUUUCCCCAAACCCCAGAAGAAGCGCAAUGGGAGGACAUUGAAGGUGAAAUUCAGCGACAAGGGGCCCGAAUUGAUCGGCGAAGGUGGUGAUGAAUCCGAAGUCCCCACCAUGGAGAUAUCCCUGCACCGUCACAGUCGGCAUCAUCGCGGACCAAGCGGUGGCUCUACGGACGCUGCUCCAUCCUUGCCCCAGCUGCAGUUGGAUACUUCCUUCGGAGACGGUCACCGGGGAAUCACUCGUCAAAAGACGCGGCAUCGGAAAGAUGUCAACGUCAAUGAGGACGAAGAUGAGGAUACCAGGAACCGCAGGCCGUUGCUCACUCCAAAUGCCCAGAAUUCGGACUUCCUUAUGUCGCUGAAUCUGGGCGACAAAGGCUCUCGGGUAUCAUUCCGCGCCUCCCCCGACUCCAAUUCGUUUGCCCAGCGGGUGCGCGACAAAAUGCAGGCCGAGGAAGGCCGUGCUCUACAACAACACCGGUCUGACGAGCCGACCUCGCCGAGUAAGGAGGAGACGAGACCGGAUAGUCCUAGUUCGGCCUACGAUACCCCUCCCCUUUCGGAGACCGAGACAACACCGCCGUCCAACUCCUUGCGGAGUCCCGUGAGCGAGACCCAGGGUCAAUAUUCCGCGCUGCCGCCAUCGUAUAGCUCGAGCGCGAACGCGCAGAAUCGUUCUCCGACCAAAUCCUUCCCCUCCAUCCCAAGCGAUUCUCCGUUGGAUCGCCUGAGUCAACAACUCACCAGCGGAGAACUCCGCGAUUCCCCCAAGAGUAACCCGCAGCCACCCAAGAUGUCUUUGCGCGCUGUUGCGAACCAGAUCGGCGACACCGCGUUCAUCGACCUCAAAAGUUACGUGGCGCGGUAUGAAAGUCAUAUCCGGCGGUCGGCCGAGAAUGUCAAACCGUUGAUGGAAACGUCUCUGGCCGAGUGGAUGCGUGCAGCCGUGUGGUGGUUUCUGCGGGGGAAGAAGAGACUGGAAGCCUACGCGCGCGCUUCGCGGCCGUCGAGCUCCAGCGGACGACCGGCUCGGCGAACGUCUCCGGAUGACGCCCGACAGGCAGUGGUGGAUCUGGGAAAGUCCCUGUGGAUUCUCGAAAACAUCGUCACCCAACACUCGGAGGUCACUCGAUACGGCGCCAUGAGCGUCGAGGCAUUGCUUGCGGUGGUGAGUACAACCGGUGACCGGCAAUUGGCCGAUCUGCUGGGGUUGCAUCAAAUGCUCUUGAACCAUCUGCGCUCGUUGGCCAUGUCGAUAAAGCGGAACAACAUUAUCUCCACGAUCGGCACCGAUGACGAGGCUGCAAGCCGGGGUGACUUGAGUGUGUGGGUGCGAUACCCGUUCUUCGCGCCCGACGUCUCCGCCGUCCUCUCGGGUACUACCAGUCGGUCCAUGCUGAUUGACAGAUCCGGGAAGUCACCGGAUUUGGUGCAUAUGAUGCCGCUUGGGGAUACGAAUCGGUUGUUCAGCUACGGGAACAUGUUUGUGGACGUGUUUGUGAGUUCCGACGAAGACGAUGCCGACCAGGCAUUUUCCAUUCCCUGUGUUUUGUCCAUCGUCCGCGACCGAGGCGACUGGUACGUUUUUGCCGCCAUCACCAGCCAGAGCGAGCUGGUCAAUAUCAUGAUCCAGUCGGAUCGCAAGAAGGGGCCCACCUGGGACAGCGUGGACUGGCAGGUUCGUUCGCACUCCAUGCGGGUCAAGCUGCCCCGUGGCUUCGAGCUGGAAGUCAAUUUCCAGGAGGAGGAUUUCAAGACUCUCUGGAACAUCGUCCAGUACACUAUGAAGACGGAGGAAAGCCUUCAACCGGAGGCAGGCGAAAACAUGGUUUUUGAGAGCACGCUGAAAAUGUUUCAGUACAUGGAUCCAGGCUCUCAGAAAGCUUUCCCGGCGGAGCCCGUGGAGCGGUGCCGCCUUCGUCUGUUCGAGCGUUCGGUGACGGUGACCGAAGGCACUGGCCAACGAAGCAUUCACCAGGGCCACCGCCUGACCGUGCUGACGAGUCCCAAGAUCAAAACGCUUAGCAACAUCCGGCAUCUUCUUGGCGACAAAGAACCGAUCGUGUUUGGCCUGCUCCGUGGCGAAGACGGUGCCCCUGCCCUUCUAGUCAAGGUGAAGGAGGAUGGCCGGACCCGGUCGAUGUUGAUGACCUUCGAAGAUGACGAGGAGCGCAGUGCCAUGCAUUCCAUCCUUCUUGGAACGCUUCCUGGAGAGACCGAAGUGAAGACGCGGGAUAUCCCGAUCCGUGCCUAUUCCAUCGAACAGCCUGCCGAUCGAUUUACUGGCAAGCCCGCUAAGACCCACCUCCAAUUCCCAGCAGGCAGCGUGUCUGUGAUUGAUCAAGAGCAUCGCCUUGUUGACCAUGGAUAUGGCCCUACGAUUCUGUCGGAACACUUGCGAGCCUUUGUAGCGACGGAAUGGGGAUCCGCUACGGAUCGUAUCAACCUCGCCCCUGGCGAGCUGAAACUUGGACUUGACAUCAACAACCGAACCGGCCUCAGCCUUUUCCGCCCUGGGCAGCAGGAUCUGACCCUUUCCCUUGCGGACAACCUCACCUCCCCCGACAUGGCCGACUCGAUAUCCACCUUCAUGCACCUCGCUACGACCAAGCCGACCGUACGGCGGUUCGACUUUGCGACAGUGAAAGAUCUUCAUGCCUUCCAAGAGGCAGUAACUGGUUUCAGAGUGUUAUUUGACAGCGUGGCGUCUUCCCUUACGAUAUCCCGCCGCCGCAUGGUGGUCCCCAUUACGAAGAAGUGGGAGGCCAACAUGGCCCGAAUCCAGAUCGUGCAGCAGAAGAAGACCGUCCAGCUGCUGGCCUUCCUGAACGACUUCCCCUACGGCAAGUGCAUGAAUUUCGUCCUGAUGUCCACCGACAUGCUGGAGAACUUCGGCCGCGCGGGCAAAUUUGGCGUCAAGAUCGUGGAUGCCAAAUUUGCGCUGCCGAAGAACGAUAAUGAUCCUGCAUCCGAUUUUUGUUGCCUGGACAUGCCGGAGUAUCCGAUGGAGCAUGAUGAUAUCUCGAUUGCCUUUGAUUCUGAAGCCGACCGAACCAAUUUCCAGUCCGCGGCUCCGGGAUCCGUUCGUGAAGCGUCACGAAUGAGUUCUCUCCGCCGGUAG